AUGGCGAAAUUCGAUCUGAAGCGUGUUUGGACGGACAUCGUCCAAUAUCGAAGAGCCUAUGUAUUGACGGCUGUCGCCUCAUUCGGAGGAAUGCUUUUUGGGUGGGACACGGGGCUUAUCGGCGGUGUACUAACCAUGGACGCGUUCCAGCAUUCGUUCAAUCUGAACAAGGAAAGCCCUGACUUUGCCAAUCUACAAGGCAAUAUUGUGUCCGUCCUUCAAGCAGGUUGCUUUUUUGGAGCAUUGUCCUCGUUCUACAUCAGUGACACGUUUGGGCGCAAGAAGGCUUUGAUUAUUGCAGACAUAAUCUUUCUUAUCGGGUCAUUAGUCCAGACUUUGUGUGCCAUCCACACGACAAGCCUGGCUCAACUCUACGUCGGUCGGGUUAUCGGAGGCUUCGGUGUGGGGCUUGUCUCUGCAGUCGUCCCGACGUACAUCGGAGAGAACGCGAACAAAGAAAUCCGAGGUCGAUGCAUUGGAUGUAUGCAGCUUUUCAACGUAACAGGGAUCUGCCUGUCAUUCUUCGUCAACUAUGGUAUCAGUCUCCAGAUCAAGACUCUCAGUAGUGCCAAGUGGAGGAUUCCUUUUGCCCUUCAGAUGCUGCCAGGUGCUUGUUUGCUGGUUGGCAUCAUUUUCCAGAACGAAUCACCGCGUUGGCUAGUCGAAAAGAACCGUCUGGAGGAUGCUGCAGAAGCCUUAGCCAGGGUUCGAGCGAAACCUGUCGAUGACGCGGACGUCAUACAAGAGCUUGACGAGAUUAUUAAAGACUUCGAAGGCCACGAGAAACUUCCGCUCACUGCUCAGCUUCGAGCAGCAUGCUCGAACAAGCGCAUGCUCUAUCAGAGCAGUUUCGCCGUCAUACUCAUGUUUUGGCAACAAUGGACCGGAACCAACUCCAUUAACUAUUACGCACCUCAGAUCUUCCAAUCGAUCGGUCUUAAGGGUAACUCGGCCGGGCUGUUCGCAACAGGGGUGUACGGUAUCGUCAAGAUCGUAGUUACAGCGGUUGGUUUGAUGGCAUUCACGGAGCAGAUGGGCCGGAAGUGGUCGCUUCUCAUUGGAUCUGCCGGACAAGCAUUUGCCAUGUUUUACAUUGGAGUCAAUCAAGCCGUCAAUCCGGUAAAGGCGGGGGAUGCCCUUACGGGUAAUAGCAUAUUUGCGAUUGUCUGCGUCUACCUCUUUGUAGUAUUCUACUCAUUCGGAUGGGGACCGAUUCCUUUCGUCCUGAGCUCGGAGUGCUCUCCCAAUCACGUUCGGUCUCUUAUCAUGGCGGCAGCACUGAUGACCCAGUGGCUCUUCAAUUUUGUGAUUGCAAAGAUCACUCCACUUAUGCUGAGUGGUAUCACAUAUGGGACGUUUUUGCUUUUCGGAACCUGUUGCAUGAUCAUGGGCAUCUACACAGUCUUCUGCGUGCCCGAGACGAAGAACGUGCCUUUGGAGUCGAUCCAUCACCUCUUUGAAGGGAACAUCAUCGCCGGAUGUGUGAAGGACACGAUUCCUCGCCACUCUCGCGCAAAGCAGCUGCAGCAUCACCAUGUUACCAACGACGAUGCGUCCGAGAGCAGCGCGACAGCGCAUAAGGGAGUCGUUUCGGGCGUGCAGCAUGUUGAAGACGCAUAG